CCCGCGUGGCGCGGGAAUGGAGGGGCAGCUGGAUAAGCGGGCCGUGGAGCCCGGCGGGCAGCGGGAAGUGGCAGAGCAGAUGGAGAGCCCGGCCGUGGGGCCGGGAGGGCAGCGAGAGGUGGUGGAGCAGCUGGAGGACCUGGCUGUGAAGCUGCGAGGGCAGCGGGAAGGGGUGGAGGAGACGGAGUGCCUGGCUGUGGAGUCAGGAGGGCAGCGAGAGGUAGUGGAGCAGCUGGAGGACCCGGCUUUGGGGCCUGCCGGGCAGCGGGAAGUGGCGGAGCAGCUGGAGAACCCGGCCGUGGGACCGCGCGGGCAGCGGGACGGUGUGGAGGAGACGCAGUGCCUGGCUGUGGGCCCUGGCGGGCAGCGAGAGGUGGUGGAGAAGAUGGAGAGCCUGGCCGUGGAGCUGGGAGGGCAGCGGGAGGACCUGGCCGUGGAGCAGGGCGGGCAGAGGGAAGUGGUGGAGCAGGUGGAGAACCCGGCUUUGGGGCCGGACGGGCAGCAGGAAUUGGUGGAGGAGAUGGAGUGCCUGGCCGUGGAGCCGGCCGGGCAGCGGGAAGUGGUGGAGCAGCUGGAGAAGCCGGCCGUGGAGCCGGGCGAGCAGAGGGAAGUGGUGGAGAAGGCGGCCGUGGAGCCGGGCGGGCAGCGGGCGGCCGAGCCGGAGAUGGUGCAGAGCCCUGCGGAGGGCAGCGGGGGAGCCCCGGCCCCUCUGCCCGCAGCCGUGGGACCGCGCCGCUCGCCGCCGCCCGCCUGGCCCCGCUCUCCUGCCGCCGCCGUGGUCUCGUCGGACUCGGACAGUGAUUCAGAUUCAGAUAGUUCAUCAAGUACACUCUUCUCUUCAUCUUCAUCUUCGUCUUCAGCAGUAUCUGAUGAAGAUGAUCAUCCAAAUGAGAAGGAUAACAGAUCUUACUGUAUUAGGACGAAGGAUGAGUUGCCUAUUGAUAAAUUGCCUCCUGUUGAAGACUUAUCAAUAGUUCUUCCAGAUAAUGUUGAACUGAAGCUCUUUGGGACAGUUUCCAGCGUCAUUGAACAGCUAGUAAUAAUUGAAUCACUGAAAGGCCUGCCUCCAGUAAAUGAGGAAAGCAUAAUUUUUAAAGAAGAUCGGCAAGCAGUAGGAAAGAUAUUUGAGGUAUUUGGUCCUGUUUCACAUCCUUUUUACGUGAUAAGAUUUAACAGCUCUGAGCAUAUCAAAGAGAAAGGUAUUAAUGUGCAAGAUAGCAUGUAUUUUGCUCCAUCAGUAGAGGACUUCACCCAGUAUAUAUUUGCAGAAAAACUAAAACAGGAAAAAGGUUCAGAUGCAUCUUGGAAGAAUGACCAAGAACCACCACCUGAAGUUUUGGAUUUCAGUGAUGAUGAACAAGAAAGAGAGGCAAAACAGAAGAAAAAAAAACCUCAAAGUCAAGGAAGGAAGAAAGUCCGAUCAGAAGCAUUUCCACCAAGUGAGAAUAAAGAACUUCAUCACUCAGUAAAACAGCCUGCUUCAAGGGGGUACCGUGGCCGAGGGUUCUCCAGGGAUCUGUUUGCUCCUCCAUCAGGCCCUCGAGGGUUUUUCAGACCACAAGUAAGACCACCACCGCUGUACUUUUCAGACUGGAGGAUGCACCAGGAACCCCCAAUGUUCCCACCACCUCAUGGGAGAGAAAAUCCAACCAUGCAACAGUAUGGCUUUCCUCCUCCAGACUUUGGUUAUGUCAGUGAUUGGCAUCAGUUCCCCCCUCCACCUUCAAAUAUGAAUAUGAUGUGGACAGGCCCAAACGCGUACAAUUCAUCCUACUCGUUUCUGCCACCUCCGCCGCCGCCACCGCCGCCACCUCCUGCUCCAGACAGCCACCCUCCUCAGUUCAGGCCUUAAUGAGAUUCCAUACAGGUCCAUGUGGAGCACUGCAGUUUACAGGGAGAAAGAACAGCCUGCCAGGACUGCGUUCCAUUACUCUGGAGAUGCUUUCUUUUACUGCAGCGAUAGAGCAAAUGCAGAGUUUUGUGCUUUGUGGGACAUUUGCAGGAAAUUAUUUUUUUCUGUGUAUGUUUUCUGUUUCCAAAAAGAAAUUUAUAUGUUAAAAAUAACUGAAUAUUGAAUAAUAGUUUAUUUUUAUAUCUGCUACUUUAAGAUGAUAAAUAAAAGCCUUUUGGAGAUUGGUAUGUAGUGAUGGAAAUCUAUUUUGUAAUAAAUGUAUGUAACUACUGUUAAGUAGUGAUGAGGGUAUCUCACAUAGAUGAUAUUAUAUUUUUAGAAUGAUGGUGUAUUGCUGUGCUAAAACAUUUUUCUCAAUUUCUGCAAAUUUGAAACUUACGUGGCAACUGAAAAUCUGACAUCUAAAUUUUGAGGUAGGUUUUUUUCCUAUAUGCAAGGCAUAAACCGCUACUCAGCUUUCAAUACUUUACUAAUUUCAUAUUAACUAAAAGACUGUCUGGAUGAUUCUUUUUAAAAAAUAUCUGUAGUACCUAGAUCUGAACUGGAACCAGUGCUGACUUGCUGUGUCACAUUUGGUGUUCUCCAAUGGUUGUAGAAGAUCAACCUAUUAAUGGGUUUUGGAUUUAAUUUAGAAUCUAAAAUCAGCAUGAUUUCUCUAGCUUGACUCUAGCUUCUCUAGCUCCUAAUGCAGAGGUGAUCAUAAAUACCUGUUAGAGUGUGCAGUCAGCCUUUCUGGGAAGAAGUCAUCAGGUCUGUUGGAGAGAAAGCCAUUUCAGAACUCCCUUGUUUAAAUUUGUAAGUGCAGAUGGCACUAGAUUGCUGUUUGAUUCCAGUCUAAGCUGUCUCUUCUGAAAUUAUGAGGUUCAUCAAUUCUCCCAGCUUGUUUCUGGGAUGGAGGUGAAGUUAUGAACCAAGGAUCACUUGGAAGAACCUCCACCUGUCCAAAGAGUUGGUCCUCCAAUUGCACUUCGCUAGUUUCUAUGGAAGUGACUGCCUGGCUAGGUUGGAAGACUUACAAUGCAUCAAUAUUUUUUGAACAGGAGGAAAAAGUACUUAAGGAACAGUCGUCUUAGGGAUUAUUUCUCAACUGAAGUCAUUACUAGCUGUGAUGAUUUCUGAAUGUUUACCAGUACAGUCACCUUGACCUGGUAAAAGUGUGCAGUAUGUAUUUCUAGUCUCAGAUUUGUUUUGACCUGUUUGCUUUAAAUAUGUAAAGUCUAAGUAAGUUGUUAAUUCCUAACAGCUUUAAGAAUGAAGUAAAAUAUUAAUGCAGAGAGGAAAGCACCACCUUGUCUAAGAUGGUGCAACUCAGAACUAGAAUGUAAUUUCAGACUUGAAAGUUUGCUAUAAUAUAUUUAAGUAACAGUAUUUUUUGAUAUAUCUAGAACUACUGUUUCAUGGGUUUGCAGCUGAGAAGAUUGUGUAGAUGUCAGUUUAUGGCAAGCUAAGGUUAAAGUGGUCUACAGUGGCAACAAAUAGUUUCAGAAGAGCAGCAUUCCAGACAUUUGUGUUUAACUUGGUUCCUGCAGAUAAACUUUUUGUAGUAAAAAGAAUGCCCAGUUCUAGUUCAUUGUAAAUGUUUCAGGGGAAUGGAGAAGGGGCUGCGUUUCUGGCUAUUUCAGCAGUAACCUGGAUAUGACCAUUCUCACUGAUAAGGGAUGGUACAAUGAUAGAGAUGUUACAAGUGAGGUAUCAAACAUAAAACCAUUUUCAAGUCAAUUAUGUAGUAAAGGGAAAAAAAUUGUCAACAUCACACUUGGACUUGGGAUGCUAAUGGCUUGCUGUAUGUCCCUGGCAUAGACAUCAUCAGCCAAAGUGGCAGUUGAAGAGUUAACACCAAGAACUGGAGUGAGGUACUAGGAGGUGCAGGUACAACAGUCUUAAUUAUUACUACUAUUGCAACUGGGGUUUUUUUAUGUAUAGUAAUGUUCACCUUUUUCUGCAAUAAUUAAAUCUGUGCUAAUAAUUCCUUGAAUUAGGCUGUUAAGAUUUCUCUUAAAUGAAGAUGUGUUCUCCUUCCUCUUAACUGUUUUUGCAUGUGGCAAACCCAGUAUAAAGCUGGUUUACAGAAUGUAGUUUGACAAAUAUGCUGCAAUCUAAGGGGUUUUACUAAUUCUUGGUUGUUAACUGCCAUGCUGGUUUUGUGUGCACUUGCCUGCUUGCUAGGCUUUGGGCUGUGAUUGGUCAAAUGUAAGUAUUUUCUAGUGGAGAAAGUAGAAGAAAUAAGAAUAUUUUCUGGUAGUUGAAAAAUCUCUCUGUUUCUGGCUCCUGUUGUCCUCACAUUGGGCCUGGAAAGCUACAAUAGAACUCUGUCACUUCUGUAAUAUUUUUAGUUAUUCCCCUUUUAGGGGAAUUUCUUGAUGAACUGCUUUCCAGAGAAAGCUUAAGGCAUGGGAUGGAGGGGAGAGGCUCGAGGAAAAGAGAGGCUUAGGGGAAGAUUAGCCAUGAUUUUUCAAAGGAUUGAGGUUUACAAAUAGAAGUAUGGAUGCAGUAAACUAUUGGACUGUAUAAAUUUCUGUGACUGAUAACAUGAGAGAUGGAAAAUGUAAUCACAUAUUUGAUGGCAAUAAACAAAAGUGGUACUUUUGCUGGUCUUAAAUUUAGACAGGUGUCAGCUGCAGGAAGGGGAUGGGCUCAUCUUGAAGGUGAACAGCAAAAGGACAAACAGGUUUCUUAAAGAAACACUCUGACAAGUGGUGUGAGAAGCAGUGAAGCCCAUGCUGCCACAGGUUGCUUGGAGAGAUGGUGGAUCUCCAGUCUUUGAGGGAUUCAGAAUUUGAUUUUGCACAGUGGCCUGUGGGAUGUAAUGUCCAAAGUCUUUCUCUGAGGAGAGGUAGACCAGGUGGUCUGUGAAAUCCAUCCCAGCCCAAACUAAUCUUUUCAUUACUGUCAUUGUUCUGGAGUUCUGUUUUCUCACCAGAGAUUUUUUUUGUCUCUAGAUCCUAUGAGACAUGAAUAGCCUAGCCUGAAUUACUGGUUUUUGGGAAGCCUGGCUUUUCAUUUAUGCUAUUGUAUUCUUUCAUUGUACCUCAGAUUUUUAUAAACAAAUCAUCAUGCUGUUCUAAAAGUUGGACUUGCUGCAGAAAAUAAUGAGUGCUUCCAUAUCACUGAUGUAAGAUGAAUUGAAGAAUUGUUCCUUUAUUAGUUGUUUGGAAACUAAUGCUAAUGAGAGUCUUAGUUGCUGUCAUUUUCCCUUAGGGGGUAAAGUAAAGCAUUUUGUAUUGUACAAUUUAUUUUGAGAAUGUUAUCAAGGAAUACCCACCCAAUUAUAUUUUUUUAAAAUGCAACAACAGAAAAACCCCCGAGAAUUAUUUUUAACAAAUGUUCUCUAAAGUCGUAUUUUUGCCUUAGCUAAGACCUUUUUUAUAAUGCAAAGCACUCAUGCCAGGAUGCAUAUUAAUGACAUGCAGAUGAAAAUAAGAAAUAAGCAGGUUUUUUGUAGGUUAUGUUUAGAUGUUUCCAGGUUCCAUUUUCUGUUUCUUUGCAACUCAAAGGUAUAGUUGCUUAUUCUUGCCUAGUGAAUUUAGUGAUGCACAUAAUCUGAUUUAGAGGACUGAUGAAUCUGCACAAAACAGUUGAUAAUAAAUUUGUUUUGGUGACAGGUGAAAAAACGGAAAACACUGGCAAUGGUGACAAGGCUUUUGCAGAACAGUUUACCUGUCAAGGCAAAUACAUAAUCUGGAAAGCAUGAAUAAUGACCUUUCUUUAUCUGAAUCACUGUAUGGCUUAUUCAGAGUUAUUGAAUGUGGGGUAGCCUUCACUUGCCAUAGAUGAAAUCUUUUGAAACUAUGGAAGAAUAAUAUUGUUGAUUUUCCUGUAAAUCUGAUGCUCUGCAUUUUUUUGGUAGUGUUUUGUGAAAAUGCUUUAUUAGGAUUUGCUGUUUGGCUGCUGAGGUUUGAAUUGGAUGGAAAUUCACAGAAUGGUUUGGAUUGGAAGGGUUACUGAAGACCAUCUGGGUCCAACCCUUCUGCAGUGGGCAGGGACGCCUUCCCAUAGACAACAGCCCUGUCCAGUCUGGCCUUCCUUAGUGCUCAGUGCUUGCUGUUUAUUAGCAGAAAGCCAGCCAGUUACACAGAGGGACAGGAGUGAGCAACUGUCCCACACUCCAGCUUUCAACUUGGACACGGAAUCUUCUCUCUGACUCUUCUGUGCCCACCUAAGUAGUUGCAAGUACAUGGGCAGAAAAUAACUUGCCCUGCAAAAGGCUGAAACUGCUAUGGGGUCAAUUGUAGUUAUGAACUGUUUUAAGUUUGCUAAUAUUAAGUCUCAAAGACUAUUGUUUGCAUUCUAAGCAGGAAGAUUUCACUCUUGAGUUUCCUGCUGUGGGAAGUAGGAAACAAAAAUCUAGCAACUUCCUAAUCAUCAGAAUGAAACUGCUGCUUGAUACCAGAAUUAGUUGUUAUGAAGGUCUAUCUUUUGAGAGAGUACGGCUAAUAUUUCUUCAAAGAGAAGAAGAAUGUUUAAUACUAUAUCUGUUGAAUACUAUUUACGCAAUUUUUAGUAUGUACGUUAGGUGGUCUCAAAUCUGUUUUGUGAGACUUCCAUGCAUAUGAAACCUGCAAAAAACCAAAGUAUCUUCUUCAAUGUAGACCCAGGAAAAGAGUAUAUUUUGUGACAUUGCAAUUGACUCCUUUAUGUGAAUGUUUAACCUCAAGGAGGCUUUCAAUUUGCAAUUGAAAAUUAUGCCUAGACUGUAAAGAGUUGUUAAACCUGUCUACCGGAUCUUCACACUCCCAAUUGCACCUUUCCUGGGCUGUCUUGUGUAAUAGUAUGCCCCUUUAUAUAGAAGCAACUCUUUAUUAAAUGACAUUUUUGUGAGCACUUUUCUGUGUUUAUUUUCUUGGUUAUAUUCUUCACUGUGAUGUGUUUAAUUCAUAGUUUUACAUUUAUUUAUGAUACUCUGCAGUCUCCACAGCUUGGCUUUGCCACAUAGUGAUGCACUUGAUCUUUGGUCUUGGUAAAUGCUUUCUGCAGUGAUGAGAACAGAGGGGUGUAUUUUUUUCCUACUUUUUGACACUCUACAACACUCAUCUCUGCCACUGUUAUAUCCAAAAGAAGUACAGUACCAUGUGCAUUGAUAACUCUGUUUUUGAUUAGUGCAUGUUUGGUGUUCUACUUGCAAUGUAUCCCAUAUAUACACAUUAUACUCUCUUUAUGGUGUACCUCAUUUUUGCUCUCAGUACCAUUCUGACCCUGAAAUUUCUUGGACAUUAACAAUUUCCAUCCUUCCAGCAUAAGAUGAUGAAGUGGUGAUAUCAGAGUUUGAGAUGAAAACAGUAACUGUUCCCCAGAGAAAAAUACAGCCUUGGGUAAGUUAUGUAGGUCGUGAUGCUCCUUUGUCUGGGAGCAGAGAAUCCUGUUUGUUGUUUCAUUUUCAAUUCCAAUGUAGUGGAAGAAGAAAGACUUAUUGACCUUAGCAGGAAGAGGAUUAUGAUACCCUCCAAAAUUGAGGCAUGUAUGGAUGUCACAGUGUAGAAAAUUGAGAUUAUCUAAUUGCCACUGUGAAUCUCAAGAA